AAUCCUAGUUUUGUUUCAGCCGCCCGCAAAGAAAGUUGAACCACCAAAAUUGGAGAGUAGAAGACCACCAAUGUAUAGACCAAAAUCGAGAACAGAUUCGAGCAGCGGCAUGAGCAGCAGAACGGACGGCGGUCGACUGAGGGGAGAUGGCGGGGGUGGGGGCAGCAGCGACGAAGACGGCGCUUCCAAGGACCUGCGACAACGUCUGCAGGAGGAGGCGUCGCUCUACAGACGGCGACUGGACACCUACAGGCAGGCGCAGCAAAAUCAGGCGGCGUUGGUCAGUAGACUACAAGCCAAGGUUUUGCAGUACAAGAAACGAUGUGCUGAUUUAGAAACCCAGAUGGUCCACAUGGACCAACCCUCUUCACUGACUCCUGCUUACCCCUCUAGUUCUGCUAUGGAACAAGCGCAGCAACAUUUGAGGGAGAUGAGAGAUUCAGACAGAGAGAGAAUUAGUGAUUUGGAGACUGCGUUGCAGAGACUUCACGAAGAACGCAGAAAAAACGAGAAGAUGAUGCACUUGAACAGUUCGUUGCGCGAACAACUCGAAGAAUCCCAUCACACGAACGAAGCUUUGACCAGCGAUCUUCAGAAACUCACCAACGAUUUCGAGAACCUCAGAGAAGAGAUGAUCAUCAAAGAGGACGAAUGGAAAGACGAAGAACAAGCUUUCAAUGAUUAUUACAGCACCGAACACAACAGGAUGCUGAAUCUGUGGCGAGACGUCGUUGCUAUAAAAAGAUUGUUCACUGACAUACAGAGUACCACUGAAAGGGAUUUGAACAACAUCAAAAUGGACGUGUCUGGUAUCGGCAAAGAGAUGAUAACCGCUUGUGGCAGAAUGGAUGCUAAUUUGAUGACUGAAAAUAUAUUUGGUGGAGGAAAAGAAAAGCAGGAACUGGAACAAGAACUGUCCGAAAUGCGGACACAAUUAGACAACCUGAAAUCACAAUACAAUAGUCGACAAAUUGAAAUAGAAAUGAAAGACGACAAAAUCCAACAGUUGUCUAGAGAUUUGCAGGCUCUGAAAGAAAGAUGUUCUGAUGCAGAACAGACCUGUGGACAAGCCCUGAAAAUGCAAGAAGACAUGGAUAUCCUACAAGGUGCUCUACGAGACAUUGCCCAUGCCCUCAUUCAAGAUGCCGAAACGAAAGAUCCCGAAAUUCUGCAAGCUACUCAUCUUCAUCUGAGUGCUUCCACUUCAUUACCUCAAAAAUCGCCAAAAAGAUCGGCGCGCAGUAUGACUUCCCCAGCAGCUUUUGCUGAGAGUACGAUAUCAGCUGUGCAAGCCGCUCUCCACAAAUACCAGUCAAUCAUUCAUGAACUACAGGUGAAACUCCAAUCGAAUAAGGAGCAACUUUUGCUAGUUCGCAAACAGUACGAAAACAGCGAGGACGCUGUCUCGGCUCUGGAAAAAAGAACCAAAGACCUCGUGGCCCAACUGGACGCGAGCCGCGCGCAAAUCUCCCAGUUGUCCCAGGACAGGGACGCCUGCCAGAGGGCGCUAGAGGCGCUGAGGGUGGAGAAGAGCCAGCUGGAGAGGAACCGCUCGGAAAUCAACGCGAUGGUCGACGCCUUGAAUCAGGAUUACGACAGGCUGCAGAAGGUCAACGGGAGAUUGCAAAAGGAGUUGGAGGAGUCGCUCAGCGACAACGCCUUCCAGCAGGCGGAGAUCGACAGGCUGAACCAGGAGGCGGAGUUGCGGGAGAUCGGACUGAGGGGAGAGGAGGACAGGUGCAGCAGGAUAAGGGAGGAGCUAUUGACGGUGAGGGAGGAGCUCAACAAGCUGUAUUUGUCGCACGACAUGCUGGAGGCUCAGAAGGCGGAGGCCGACACCCUAAUAACCAGUUUGGAGAAGACGAAAGCUGAUUACGAAAUGCAGCUCGACAAAAUCUUGGGCGAAAGAAGCGACGUUCACGACUCGCUGGUCAAAAAAGAAACCAUAGCGACCAAUCUCGAACUGGACAAGAAAAAACUAUUGGACGACAUCAAAAGACUGGACGACGAAAAAAAAACCCUUCAACACCAAUGCAACGAUCACCUGAGCGAUAUCCAGUCUCUCAGAAAAGAAUUAUUGCAAGCCGAACAGCAAAGAUUGGACCUCGAAUCCGAUAAAGUUUCGUUGUCCGAAAAGUGCAAAUUCUUGGAAAUCGAAAAAGGGAAGAUCGAAAUGGAAUUGAACCAAGUGACCAGAGAAAGGAACGAUCUGAGCAAUCAACUCACCGUCCUCGCAAGAAAGAGGGACGCUCUGGGCGAGGAACUGACCAGGUGCAGACAAAAACUGGAACAAGCCACCGAAACCAAUGCCAGGGUCAACAGAAAUCUGGAAGAUCUGGUCAAAGAUUGCGAAGAAAAACAGUGCGCCAUCGACGCCAUGGACAAGGACAUGCAGCGUCUGCAGGAGCUGCUGGCCGCCGUGCGAACGGAAAAAGAGACCUUGGAGGCGGUCCUGUUCGACACGCAAACCAAUCUGGAGACGUCCGAGGACAAGCGCAAACAGCUGGAGAACGACCAGCAAGACUUGCUGGUGAAGCAGGAGAAGCUGAAGGCGCAAGUGGCUCGGCUCACCAAAGAUCUCGACCGGUCGGAGAAAAAGUUCGUGGAGGUGAAAAAUACUUUGACGCAGUCGGCCGGCAAUAAAGAGGUGGAAUUCAAACAGACCUUGGAUAAAUUGAGGCAGCAGAGCGAUGAGAAUGUUAGGAAAUUGAGCGAGGAGAAGGAGAAGAUAAGGAUUUCUUUGGAGAAGAGGUUGCAGCAGUCUUUGCACCAGUUGACCAACGAAAAAGAUGCGGAGAUCCAGCAGCUUCUAGAUAGGAUCGAAAAUCUACAGGGUCAUAUCGAGAAUCUGUGUCAGCAGCAUGAAGAGCUGAUGCUCCGUGCAGAGAAUGAUAAACAGCAAGCUUUGUUAAUCGCUCACCACGAUCACCAGGCGCUCCACGAUAAAUUCGAGGCCACCAAGAGAGAAUUAGAGGACGAAAGGGACACCCUAGAAAGACUGAAACGCGAAGCCAACGGCAGAUUCGAGCAGGACAGAGCGAGCAUAAACCAACUCAAGGAAGAACUCGCUAAGUUCAAGAGCAAACUAGAGGAGGCCCGGUUGAGGAGUGAGGAGGAGAUUCACAAGUUGGAGCAGAGGAUAGAGGAGGUUAGGUUGGAGAGGGAUAACUGUCAAAGUGAGGGGGAAAAUUUGAAAAUCCAGCUGCAGCUGUGCGAGAGCAAAGGCGAAAGUGCCAGCAAUCAGCUGCACGAGACCAUCAGGAAACUCAAAGAAACUGAAAACAACUCUGAAUCUCUGAGAAAAGAGUUGACGGACGUACGCAGGCUUCUGGCAGAUGGAAAUUUCGAAAAGGAAAAAUACCACAAUACCAACAAGGAGCUGCGAGAUCACAUCAAAAGAACGGAGAGUGAAAAGAGAGAACAAGCUAGACAACUAGAAGAGGCUUUCAAAUCUAUCACGAACCUCGAAGACAUCAAACUGAGCCUGGAAAACGAGCGCCAGCGCAUGCAAAACCAAAUCAGGAACCUGGAAACGGAGCAGAUCCAGAUCGAGCACAAGGUGCAAAGUAUCCAGGAGGAGUUGCAGAGGGCGCAAGCUGCCAGCGGGCAACAGCAGACCGAGGAGAAGGAGUUGCAAGCGAGGCUCUUGAACGAAGUCGAGGAGAGAGAGAGGGCGCACCAAGAGGUGCAUCAGCUGAGGAAACAGAUAUCGGAACUCGAGCGGAAUCUCGAACACACCCGACAAGAGCUCGGCAAAAGUCGGUCGCACUCGGCCCAGCUGGAGGAGCAGUGGCACGCUAGAGAACAGGACCUGCUCGUCCACUUGGAGGACGCCAAAGCGAGAGAGAAGAGGCUGGAGGACCAGAAGCACAAUUUGGAGGUGUGUCUGGUGGACGCCACCCAGCAGAUACAAGAACUGAAGGCCAAACUAGGCGGCGCCGAAGGUAGGUUGCGAUCUCUGGAAACGCAGCUGGCCCAAUUGGAGUCUUCGAAGCGAGACGUCGAACAGAAGCUGAGCAGCGUCGUGUCGACGUUGCGACGCAUCGCCGGCGUCCAGCUAGAUGGCUCCGUCAAUAUGCCCUAUCGGCUGUUGAGCCCUUCGAGAAGAUGGAGCCCGGCUAGAUCGUACGAUGACGGACGAGAUGGUACUAUAGAUGUCGACCCAGAAGUCGUCAGAAAAGGAGUACGCAAUUUGAUGCAACAGGUUGCCCAAAUAGAAAGAGAAAGAGACGAUUACAAAACUCAAGUGCACACCUCGAAGAAACAACUCCAAGAAGCCCAAGACAGUCAGACCAAAGGAGACAGUAAACUGGGCAAGGUAUUGCAGAAUUUGCGGAUCUUGCAGGAUCAAAAAAGCAAUCUAGAAGCUAAACUGAGCCAGAAGAAUAUCGAGGUUCAAUCACAGAGUCAAGCUCUGGAGAAAAAGACUGAAGAGGCCAAACAGAUGCGAGACAAGGUCGUCUCGCUGGAAUUGUCUCUGAGUAGCGGCAAUGAGGAGAAACAGCAGUACGAAGACAAAUUGGAGAAAAUGAGAAUGGCCUGCGACAGACUGGAGUUGGAAAAACGCAGUUUGCAAGAAGAACUGGCCAGAAUCGAGAACAGAACCACGAAACUCGAACUGCAGAGGAUGUCCGCCGAAGGCGACUUGCAGAGACUGCAGAUGAUGUUACAGGAAAAAGAAUCACAUAUACAGAAAAUCCAAGAAAAAUGCGAUAAGCAAAGUCGCACCAUAGCCAGUCUAGAGGAGAGAUGCGUUUCUCUGAAAUCCACCAUAGACCAAGUGACGAUGUCGCUGGAGAAAGCUUCUACCAGCGAAUCGGAGAUGAAAUCCGAAUUGCAGAGUCUUCAAAGAGCCCUGAUGGACAGUACAACGGCUUCGCACACUGGAACUGAAAGACUCAAGCAGCUGCAAAAGCAAUUGGCGACCAGCGAGAACGAGCGCCGCCUCCUGUCCGAAAAACUGGAGAGCCAGCAGCAACACCUGGCAGAAAGCAGACGCAACCACCAGAUGCUGCAGGACCAAGUGUCGCGCCUCAACAACGAGCUGGCCAACGUCGAGGUGCAAAAGUCCGGGCUGGAGUCGCAGCUGCGACUGGCGCAAUGGCCGCAGGAUGCUGCGAUCUCGGGCCACCAGGAGGAGGAGUUGAGGUGCCAGUUGCAGGCGGUGCAAAGGGAGAGGGGGGAUUUGCGUGGGAAGUUGGAGGCGCUCAACAAUAAGGUUCGACAGCUGGAAGCGGAGAACCGCACCCUGGAACGAGCAGCCUCCAAAGCGCCUAUAGGCACGCGCAGCAAAUCGUACGAGCGAGAGCGACAAGAGAAGCCGGAAAAGUACGAGACCGAUUCGGCCACUAGCGAGAACAGAGAGCUGCGAUUGAGGAUCGCCAAGCUCGAGGCCGAAUUGGCGGAAAAAGAAGCGGAGCUGGCCAAGUUGAAAUCGCGUGGACAUACGCUGGACUCGAAAUUCGACAGGGCCGAAAUUGAGCGCUACAGAGCGGCCCAACUGCAAGCGGAGCGCUUACUAGAGGCUCGAGAGCAAAGCCACCGGCAACAGGUGACCAGACUCGAAACCCAACUCAACCUGCUGCGCGACCAGCUCAACCAGGAGAUCAAGCGCAGACGGCAGUACGUGCAGCGCAGCACGCAGGCUGGCAGGGAGAUGCAGGAGCUGCGGCAAGCGUUGGGCGAUUCGCUGCGCACAGUGUCUCAGGAUCCGUCGUUGGACGCGUUGCUAUUGGAGCACGAGGCGAGAAAGUUGGAUCACACCUUGGCGGCGAGCACUGCUGUGAGUUUACCGCCUGCUUUGGGGUCCUAUAGAAGAUCGACAACGCCGCAACCCAAAUAG